AUUUGAAUCAAGUACAGAAGAGAAUCUCUCUCUGCACACAUCAUCUGACGAAGAGUUCAUACAUAUACAUCUGAUCAAUACCAGGCAAGUAAGAAAGAAGAAAUGGGGAGAGGCAAGAUAGAGAUAAAGAGGAUAGAGGACCGAACGAAUAGACAGGUGACCUUCUCAAAGCGAAGGACUGGACUUUUAAAGAAGGCGCAUGAGCUCUCCAUUCUUUGUGACGCUCAGCUUGGGCUAAUCGUAUUCUCGAGCUCGGGUAAGAUGUAUGAGUACUCGAACCCACCUUCGAGCAUGUCAAGCAUCAUAGAGAGGUACCAAGGAAUGUCAAGCUCUUAUAUCCCAGAGUACCCUAAUGUGUACAAUGAUGAGAACUUGCAGAGAAUGUGUUGGGACAUGAGGGCAUUAAAGUUAGAGAAUGACAGGCUUGAGGCGAACCUCAAGACCCUAAGAGCUGAAGACUUAUCAAACCUAGAUAGUGAUCAGUUACAACAAGUAGAGGAACAACUUGAAUGCUCCUUGUCUAGAGUUCGUGCAGAAAGGAAACAACUACUAAAGCAGCAAAUGGAGAGCCAACAUAAAAAGGGGCGCCAAUUGGUUGAUGAGAACAACUACAUAUCGUCUCUUAUAAGGGCGCAUGAAGCAAGGAGGGAGCAUUAUCCGGCAUUGUUCCAUCAGCUUGGGAGCUUCUACGAACAUGGAGGUGAAUCAUCACAAAUUCCAAUCAAUUUCACUCCUCACCAACAUGAAUUUCGCUUGCAGCCCACACAGCCAAAUUUGCAAGAGGCUUGCAUCCAACACCUUGGUUUGAACUUAUGAGGCUUGAGGAGGUGAGGAACACAAAAGAAGGACUACAGUAUGCUCUUGAUGGAGUGAUUUGAUGAAAUUCAAAAUUGUAGGAUUAGAGUAUACUCUUGAUGGAGUGUUUUGAUGUAAUUAGAUGAAAUUCCAAAAGGUAGGAUCACAGUA